CAGUUACCAUAUACAUAAAGACAUUACGACGUGAAGAUUGAAGAAAUAAUUUUUUCUGUAAUUUUUUCUACAAUGUUUCGAUUUAUAAUUUUAAUAAAUUUAUUGUACAGUUUGGUUCAGUUAAAUGAAGCAACAACAAGUGAAGAAAUUCCUAUCUGUCAAUAUACUGAUGGUAUUAAUUUAAAUCUCGCUGACAGUGGUAUUCGUCAAGUGAACAAACUUUUUGUGUCAAGCUCUCAAGUGGUUUGUUUAAAUUUAAAAAACAAUGAAAUUAAUAAAAUUGAUUCUCGUGCCUUUGAUGAAUUACCAAAUAUUCGAUAUUUAAAUUUGGCUAAUAAUUAUAUUGAUUAUAAAUCUUAUAUGAUGACAAGUGAAUAUCAAAGUGUCGAGACACUUGUACUUGAUGAAGCAUUUUUGAUUACAUUAGAUCACAAUACAAGGGAAAAUUGUCGUUAUUAUAGAAGUUGUUCACAAUAUACAGAUAAACAAAUUGAAAUGUCAAUAAAAGCUCCACUAUUAAAAAAUUUAUAUCUACGUUACAACAAUAUAACAACAAUUAAAAUUCCAUUAUGGGCAGAUAAUAUGCCUAAUUUAACAUAUCUUUACUUGAGUCAUAAUAAACUUAAAACAGUUGAUUUUUUUAAAUACAUUCCAUCAACAUUAACUCAUCUGUUUCUCGAUAGUAAUCAAAUUACUCGUUUUGUCAGUAAAUUACUGCAUAAUCUUAAAGAAUUAAAAAUGGAUAAUAACAAUAUUUCAACUCUUUGUGGCACUGAUAAUUAUUGUGAAGAAGGAAUGUAUCUUAAAAAUGGAAUAAAUAUUGAAAAUUUAUCAUUAUCAAAUGUCAGCCUUUCAACGAUUGAUCCAGAUGCAUUAGAAGAUUUACAUGCACUAAAAAAUUUUAAUUUAUCAUCGAAUAAUAUUCAUAAAAUUUCAAAGCAUACAUUUGAUAAUUUAACGAACUUAAUUAAUCUUGAUUUGCAAUCUAAUGAACUUGUUGCUGUUCCUGAUAUAUGUGCUCUUCAAAAAUUAAAUACUCUGUUGUUGAAUAAUAAUAAUAUCAUAAGAAUUGAUGAUCGUUUUGCUUGUAAUAUUUCAAGUUUAGAAAUAUUAUCAUUGAAUCAAAAUAAAAUAAACUACAUCGGUUCAGGAGCAUUUCAUGGCCUGCCAUCAUUAAAAGCUCUUGGAUUAUCAGGAAAUCAACUGGAAGUGUUGACAGAUAAUUGGAUUCUUGCUGAAAAUAGCUUACAAGUUUUAUAUUUAAAUGAUAACUUGUUUAGCAGUAUUGCAAGUAUGACUUUGGAUAAUUGUACAGGUCUUGAAUCAGUUAAUAUUGCUGGGAAUCCAUUGAAAACUCUUUCUCUUAAAUCUUUGAUGAAUUUACCUGAAAAUACAGUCAUUGAUUUAAAUCAAUUGAAGACUCCGGAAGUUCCAGUGUGUGGAUGUGAUUGCAAUGCGUAUCAACAACGUUAUGGAUAUUUGUAACUUGAAAAAAUUAUCUCAACUGGAUAUUUCGUAUGAAUAUAAUAUUGGGAAUUAUUAUUAAACUAACAAUAAUGUAUUCACGAAA